AUGGAUCAAGCUCUUCAAGAAGCCGUGGAGCAGGAGAAUGUUCCCAGGGAAAGCUGGAAAGAUACGGUGCAGAGUAUUCGCAAGAAGUGGACGACCAAGGAAGGGUUGCUAGGGGACUACAACUAUGCGUUCUUGUUCACCCCAUCGUAUCCAUUCCAAGAUUACAUUGCUAGGAAAAGGGGGUUGGAGCCAGUUCACAGGGACCAGCCAUUCUUCUCGCUCAAUUCUGAUAUUCCUGUGGUACUUGGGUUUAUUCUUGGGUUGCAGCAUUCGCUAUCUAUGUUGGCUGGUGUUAUUACGCCUCCGAUUCUUAUUGCUGGGGUUGCGAAGAUGGACACAAAGAUCCAGGAGUAUUUGGUUUCUGUUUCAUUGAUUGUUUCAGGUAUUAUGUCUGCAGUCCAAAUUACGAGGUUCCAUAUUCCAUACACACCAUAUUACAUCGGUUCUGGUGUUAUCUCGGUAGUGGGAACGUCGUUUGCUACUAUCACACUUGUUAAUAACGUUUUCCCAAUGAUGUACAAUACUGGUUAUUGUCCUGUAGCAGCGGAUGGAACUCAGCUACCAUGUCCAGAUGGUUACGGUGCCCUAUUGGGUACUUCUUGUGUGUGUGCUUUGCUCGAAAUCUUGAUAGCCUUCACACCAUCGAGUCUUUUGCAAAAAAUGUUCCCUAAGAUUGUGACUGGUCCAGUUAUCGUUUGCAUUGCCCUAUCUCUUAUCGAGUCUGGUUUCCAAGACUGGGUCGGUGGUUCUGGAUGUGUGGAUGCGAUUUGUCCAUCUAAGGGGGCUCCAAUGGCUGGGGAAUGGGGAUCAGCUCGUUUCAUCGGGUUGGGUUUCUUGGUAUACACAACUAUCAUUAUCUUCGAGAAGUAUGGUGCGCCCAUCAUGAGAUCCUGCGCUGUUAUCUUGGGGCUAUUGGUAGGUUGUAUCGUUGCUGCAGCUUGUGGGUACUUCGACAAAACUUCCAUCGAUGCUGCUCCCGCAGGAACUUUCAUGUGGGUUCACACUUUCAAACUAUCCGUCUACGGACCAGCAGUGCUACCUAUGCUUGUGGUGUACAUUGUCUUGGCUACAGAGUGUAUUGGUGACGUGACUGCUACUUGUGAAGUGUCCAGACUAGAAGUCGAAGGUGCACAAUACGAAUCUAGAAUCCAAGGUGCUGUGCUUUCCGAUGGUUUAAGUGGAUUGCUUUCUGGUUUGUGUACCAUUACUCCAAUGUCUACAUUUGCCCAAAACAACGGUGUCAUCUCUAUCACUAAGUGUGCUAGUAGACAAGUUGGUUACUGGUGUUGUUUCUUUAUGAUUAUCAUGGGUAUUUUCGCCAAGUUCGGUGCAGCUUUGGUUGCUAUUCCAAAACCUGUUUUAGGUGGUAUGACCACUUUCUUAUUCACAUCUGUGGCCGUUGCCGGUAUCAAGAUCAUUUCAACCACUCCUUUCACUAGACGUGAUAGAUUUGUGCUUACAUGUUCUCUACUACCCGGUAUUGGUGCUACACUAGUGCCAACCUGGUUUUCAAAGUUCUUCACUUACAGUGGUUCUAACAAUACUCUACAAGGUUUCCUAAAUGCUAUCGAAUUAAUCAUGGAAUCCGGUUUCGCUGUCUGUGCAAUUGUGGGUAUUGUUUUGAACCAAUUCCUACCACAAGAGUUGGACGAAGAACUCAUGGAUGACGUUGAAUUGCAACAAGAAAACUUGAGUGUUUUCGAUGAGCGCAAUGACCCUGAAAUGAUUUCCCAUAUCCUCAGUAGCAAAGCAAAGGAGGCAGAAGCUUCGGAAUCACAAAACCCUCAAUCCUAUGAGCUUAAGGAUUCAAUCAGGGUGACAGAGGAAGCCAGUUCUUCCGAUACCGAAAGAAGGUAA